AUGCUUGUUGCAAUGCGUUCAAGAAAAAGAUUCGGCGAAACGGUAUCUGUGGAUGAUGCCAUAUUCUCGUGUGAUAUUGUCAAGGAGUUUUUUCGUAGACUCCAAAAUGCAAGUGUACCAGUGGGCGUACGUUCCAUGUUCGCCAAGGCCAUCCUGUCGUUUUACAAGUUCCUUCAAGGAAACAUAGGCACAGCUGCUGGAAGUGAUCGGAUUAAUGGGAUCCAGCAAGCAGUAGUACUUGCUGAGCGUGAAGUGAACAGAUUGAAAAAUGAGAACGAAAUGUUGAGCACAUUCGGUGGAAUUUCUGCUGAAAGAAGAUUGCAGGAGCUGGAGCGAUACUGUGCAGUGAGAGCAAUCGUGAAAUCGAAGCGCAUAGAUGAAAGAGUAGCAUAUAUGGUGCAAGCAUUCAAUGAAAACGGAUCCAUAAACCAUUAUGAUUACAACUAUGUGAUGGGUGCUAUCAUGGCGUAUUUGGUGCACUGCAACGCUGCACGAAACGAGCUUUGUUACAAGACUCGUUAUGGCAACAUGUGUGGAAGCAGCGAAGGAUGCAGCGGACUAGAACCGGUCGAACACCGACAUGUCUUGAGAUCGGAGCAAUGUUGGGUAGGAAAAUACCCCCUACCAAAGCACCACCAUAGGGUCCGAGAACCGACCAGCUGGAGCGGUGGCUACUUUGUUGUGGACGAGAAGUGUAAAAAAUGGCUUGAUUCCUAUGUGAAGCUGCGUGAAUACAUAUGCGGCCAAAGCAACAUCACGGACGCACAACACCCUUUGAAGCCGUUUUUCCUCCUCUACAACGGAGGCAGCAUGACGCCGGGAAGUGCACGACGUCUAGUGACCGAUUUCUUCAGCGUUUUAGGAUGUGGAAGUGUUGCAAUUAGUUGUAAUCUGACAAGGCGUAGUGUUGCUCGUAUGGAGUACGAGAAGUAUAUGGAAGAGAAGAUGAAAACCUUCGGGCCUAUUGCGGAUCCGCACAUCGCCAGGCUGCAGGCUCACCGGCAAAGGACACAGGAGGAGAUUUAUGUGGAACGAUAUCAAAAGUCCUGUGUGUAUGGGUAUGUGAAGUUGAGGGCGCUUGCUAAAGAAGAGUCCAAGAAGAAUGACACGAUCAAAGCGCGUGUCGCAGAAGUGAAGCGGACGGUGAAACCGUUGUCAUUCUACUUGACCGGCCCUGAAUUGGAGCAAGCACGGAAUGUGAUCAGAAUCGAUGAUGAGGAUACGUCUGAGUUUAGCGAAGAAAGCUUGAAUGAUGCUGUAGGCGAUUAUCGGGAUUUGGCUGGACUGAGUGAAUCAGAUGCUGACCAGCCUUCAACAUCCACAGGGUUGCGUGCCAGCAAGCGAAGAAGAUUGAGCGAGACAGGCGAUGACGCUUCUGGGACGCGAGCAGCGAGAGGACAGGAACAAGAAAGUCGUAGGAAACGCAGAAGUCCACGUCCAGUACGCGGCAGAACACCACCGGCUGAAGAACAAGAACGAGGACAAGGAGGAGAACAGGAAGCAAGAGGAGCAGAAGAUCGACCAGAGGAGCGAGAAGAAGAGCCGCAAGUUGAACUAGAAGUAGAAGAAAGAGAGAUAGAGCCAGAAGAACAACCUCCAGUUGAACCACAACUAGAAGAAAGAGAGAUAGAGCCAGAAGAACAACCGCCAGUUGAACCACAACUAGAAGAAAGAGAGAUAGAGCCAGAAGAACAACCGCCAGUUCAACCAGAAGUAGAAGAAAGAGAGAGAGUUCCAGAAGAAAGACCAGAAGAAGAGCCACAACUCACUGAACAGUUCAUAAGGGACGUGUUGAAGCGCGGUGCAGAGGCACGAGAAAAGUAUGAGAAGCAGUUGAAGAUUUUAAUGCGUGAGCGUUAUGCUUCACCACUGCCAGAUCCAGCAGAUCCCACGAAUGUCGUGAGGUACAUGCAAGAGCUGAACGACAAAACCUAUACAGGAGGACUGGGAUACUAUCGUAGUGAGUACGAGCAGCAGUGUUUCGAUCAACGACGCCUAGCUCAGCCGAUUCAGGACUUUCCUUGGCUCGAAGUGCGCGAUAUUCCUAGCAUCAAUGGACGAGGAAUAUUCGCUAAAACUCGCAUAUUGAAGGACCAAAUUGUUUGCGACUACAGGGGCUUAUUUUUGACUGUGGAAGCGCGAGACAGGAUGCUAGAGCAUAUGACCCAUGCAGAGUCGGAUUUGGUUGGCGACUAUGAAGUUAGCUACCUGGGCUAUAUAUACGAUCCCAAAGGCAAGGCAGCUCGACAGGCGCAGGAUUACUCAAUCCUUGCCCAUGAUCCCAUAUACAAGGGCGCUGUAGUACUGGGUCGUCUAUUCAACCACAGUCAAAAGCAUGCCAACCUCAAAUAUUGGAAACAUACUCGCUCGUUCUCGACCGAUCAGGGGAAACAGAGCGAGCACAUAGUCCUGUUCAAGGCCACACGAAACAUAGAAGUAAGCACUGUUCUCCUUUACCCACACUAUAACACUUGGUAA